CUCAUCAAACAAUAGACAGUAUAGAGGCCUUCGACCAUAUCACAUAUUCUACACAUGUUAUUACCAUUAAUGAUGAGUCCAAGACUUGUAAUAUCAUAGACGGUAUGAAACUAGGUAAUAGAUCAGAAGUUCGGAAUGACGUCUCUGAGAACAUAUCAGUAUAUUCAACUAUUUCUCAAGGUCCUUCAGACAUCGCAAUUACUGAAGCUGAACGAUUGUUCUCACUACUUAAAAACCAGAAAGAUAAAAUUGAUAACAUUUUGGAUUCACAUGCUGUAUAUGCAGUGGGUCCUAAAUUUCAGAAUGAUUAUUCCAUGCCUUAUAUUGCUUGUUGGGUUGCUAAUCCUCUCACGGAAUCAAUUAUGGAAAAAAUUUCGGGGUUGUUUAAUCAUGAAUUUGGGGUCGCAUACCAUUUAGUGAAGGCCAAUGAUAACAAUGGGGGCCCAAACAAUACAUCAAAUGCGAGUGGUAACAUAAGUGGUGGUUUUUCAACAACUAAUAGUGAUAUGGUCGAGCGUGAAGGAAAUGAUGAAAACAGUGAUGAUAAUGAUAAUGGUGGAGUCGAAUUUGAGGAUAAAAAAAUAAUUGGAACUGAAGAUAAAAAAAUGUUUCAAUAUUUCAACAUAACUAUUAAACUCUGGGUAAAUGUCAAACUUAAUUCUAAAAAUAAUUCCAGCUCAAGUUUAGAGUUUGAGGUCGACUUAAAUAAUUGCGCAGUGACAGAUUUACUCAGCGAACAAUGUCCGUCUCUAGAUAAUUUUAUUUGCUACUAUAUCGACUCAUUAGAAAUUUGUGCCUCUCCGCUUAAGUCCGACAACGCAUGUAUAAUUAUCCAAAAGCAAAAACACAGUCCACAUAAGUCUAAUAAUGAUAUAACAUCUACAAAAGUCCAUGACAAAGACUAUCUUUUUCAAAUGGAUGUAGGUGCACCGCAAAGUAUCAAAGCAACCUUUGGUGGUGGCACAAAGAAAGGUCGAAGUUUAACGGCAGCAACAAAAGAAUGGGCUAUGAGGGAUACAUUUAGCGGAAUUACUGGCAACAAAUGGUCAUAUCGAUUUACUGAUAGCGAUAUAGGUGAUAACUUGGACAGUAGAGUUAGCAUUAAUACGGAUGUACAUAAGAGUCAUUGGGACAUUGGGAAUAAGAUAGCUGGAUUUCGUGUAACAAUUACGCAGAAAAUGGGAAAUCCAAUCAUAAAAAAACUUAAUUCCGACUUUAAAAAGCAUGCAAAAAAAAAGUGUCACGGAGGGCCAGUAAUUAUUGUUCCUUCAAAAAGCAAUAACCAACCUCAGCAAGAAAAUAAUGAAGGGUUUAUUAGUCGCGGUGUUAAGG